AUUUUACAGGCUAUAAAAACGCGCUUAAAAUAGUUUACUUGCCUUGGACUCGUUAAAAAUAUACUUUGAAAUAAUUUUUGAUCGCUGAAAGGGAUGGAUACAAAAUCUACGGAAUACGUUUAGUGAUAUAAAUUUAAGAUAUCUUGUUGACUCCACAACGGUUCAUUUGUUAUUUGUAAACAUGCUCACACUAUUAAGGAACUUUUGUGUUGCUGACGAAUCCCAGGUCAUAUCGCCAUCGUCUUUGUUCCCAGGACGAAGAAAUAGUCGCGUGCAUAAUCUGGAGUAUAUUGAAAGAUUCCUUGACUACCAAAUACCAGAAACCGAUAGAGGACACUAUAACAUGGACGAUGUUUUGGUUCCCGGCUCAAGUGUCGAUAUGGAAUUCAUUGAACAGAAUCCGGAAGCAAUCUUUGAUUUUAUAUCCAUGAAAAGCAUACAGGAACGCUACGGCCAUAUUGAAUCCCCAAGAGGAAAUGUGCGUCACAGUUAUUCUGAAAACGAGGCUAUUUAUCAAAACGAGGUUGAGUUUGAAACUUUCGUCCAACAAUUUCCGAUCGAUGAUUCCAUCGCUGAAUGUUUUGCUGCAGCAAAAGAUAAUGUGACGUCAAAGCAAGACACAAAAUUUGUUUCAGGUGGAAAAAGACCGCAGGUUGCUACCAAGUACAGUAAGCUUAAGAAAAAGUUCGGCUUCAAAGGUUCAGACGACACUAGCUUAUUAUCCGAAGAUGAGAUACGAUCACGUGACUCGAAGAGAUCGAAGAAAGGAGGUGGGGUGUUUAGUAAGCGACACAAAUGGAGAAAUCUAAGUAGCAAUACAAGCAAGAAAGUUGUGAAUUUCUCGGACCAGUGUGAUAAAUCGGAGUCCGAAACUACCAGUGAAUUCGCGAGUGCCAGUCAACAGAAUGGUUCCAAUAAUUUAAGUGAUGACGUUUUUCGGACGGAUUCUUGUUCCGUUUCCGAUUCGCAAAUCACAUCGUUUUCGGAGACAUUUUCGGAAGGGAUGGACCAAACCGUUCCGGUGAAAAGUACCCCUGCACCGUGGUCGUUACCGGAACAUCAGUCAAGGACAUACAAGAUGAAUAGUUCUAAAAAUAGAAAUUCAAGCCCAAGUGAGCAAGGAGUUUUUUCUGAAAUUUUGGCAGGAAAUUCUGGGGAUAUAAUGCAGAAAAUUGAGGAUAUGCAACCAGGCGAUGUUUUCAAACUACGAGAUCACCAUGGCAAUAACUUACUUCACAGAGUUGUGUUGCUAGGCAACCCGGAUGUCGUAAAAUUUAUACUGGAGAAGUUUCCGGAAAUGACGUCAGAGAUGAACGUAGAGAACGAAACUGCGAUAGAAAUAGCUGCAAAGGUUGGUAAAUAUGAUUGUCUGAAGGUGAUCCUAGAGCGGAACCAAAGAAGGAGGUCCCUGAGUCUAUCUCUAGUAAACAGGUUACUGAACGUGUGUGCACAAUUUGGACAGGCCGAUUGUUUGAGUCUUUUACUAACCUACAUGUCACGUGAUCCACAAAGCGCGUGCACGUUGCCAGGAGACACACGUGGAAACACAGCAGCGCACCUUGCAGCGAGACAUGGCAAUAUCCAUUGUUUACAGGCUCUGGUAGCAGCCGGAUAUGAUGUCACUUCCGGAAAUUUAAUGCAACAGCGCCCUCUUCACGUAGCACAUCAGAGCCGAAGCCAUGCUUGUUUUGAAUAUUUAUUACUUCUCAAUGUCUGCGAAGACUUAUGGUCAUCUUUAAGGGACACAAUCAGUCUGAAUUCAAGACUGAGCGACCAGUUGUGUUCCGUGAAGCCAAGUUUAGAACACGUUAGACUGUGUCUCAAACGUUAUGGUGAUAUGUGUUCGGAAACCAGUCUACUCUUGUCAGAAAAUAAGGAAAGCAUUCUCGAAACGCUUAACAAACUUGAAGAAGAUCUACAAUUAUUUGUAAAACACACCAGCAUGGACAGCGCUGCGAAGCGAAAAGAAGCAAGGGACAAGUUAGAAGAACUCCGGGGCGAGAUUGAGCGUCUUGAGGAUACAUUUGAGUUCUCUCCCCUAUCCGACAUGGAUGAUGCCCUUCAAAAAUUGUUUUCGUCGAUUGAUGACGUUAUUCUUCCGAGCGGCGACGUCAUUAAUGGUGAAGGAAUUGAUGCGAAUUCGUCAAAAUUGAGCUCAUUAAUCCGCGAUAUCCACAAAGAAUACAUGUUAGAGAAUUGGGAAACCGGUGCUGUGUACGACAAAUAUUUGAAACUGAGAAAGAAAUCCCCCGACAUUACCGAACUGAAAUCUCGAAAGAAAUUAGCUAACAGAGAAGAUAAAAACUCUCCUGAAAUAAAUCCACCUGUCAUAAAACCCCAACCUAACCCGUUGUCUGAACGCUUCAAUAGGAAAGACAAAAAUACCGAAAGAACUUUAGAUGUUCAACUUCACGAAAGCGUAAAAUUAAAAAGUGAGAAACAAGUUGAGUCUAUUAAUACAGACAACGAUAAAGAUGAUAUUAGCAGACGACAUUUAGAUAUUAGCAGACGAGAGUUAGAAAGUGAUAAACAUUUUGACAAAUCCUCUAAUUUUAGAGAACCAACAGAACCUAGGUCAAACGAUAUAGUAAAUGGACAUUGUAUACAACCGGAAGUGAAUAAAGUUAGUGCUAAACUGACUGAACAACUGGUAGAGUGUAAGCCUGGUGAAAACGAUAAUGAGGAGUUACUGAACGACAAUAAGGAAAACGAAAAUCCGACUGAAAGACCUUUCACAAAAUUGUUAUCUUUAGAUGAACGAAUCGAUCUGCUUAUUGCAGGGGAGAGAAAUAGAGAAAAAGCUUCGGACGAGUCCGAACACACUGUAUCGUCUGCUGAAAGCAGGGAUUCGAUUCCAGACGGUGUAGGCUCCAUAGGGUCUAUGUAUACAUCAACAUUUACUUCUAUUACGUCAGAGACUUCCGGUGCCUCUGACUGGUAUUCUAAAUUAGGGUUAGCCAGUCUGGAGACAACAUCAAGUGAUGACGUCACAAAUGACACAACCACAGACACGGCUUCGUAUUGGUGGGACAUCGGAAAUGACAAUCAAGCUGAGGAAUCCCCGAAUUUCAAAGUUUCUUUCCCAUACGGAAAUGACAUCAGAAGAAAGAUACAUCUUAAUUUAGAAAAUGACGGGUUCUCGUUCGAUGAACUCAGAGAACAUAGACUAAGGAGUCAUUUACGUUCCAUGCAACAGACACGAUUUUCAAGUGAUAAUUACCGUGAGAGGAUAACGACCUCUACCGGCGAAGUGAUGGGUGGAUUUCAGCAACAUCCGGUUGCUGACAACACGGACGAUGGUAUUGGAGUAACAUCGUCAGGCCAUUCCGGUAACCGUGUUGUUAUUGAUGUCAAUGGAGCGUUGCGAGAAAGACAUAGCUUUAAUAAGCCCAAACCAAAGCCGAGAAAACGGGGUAAACAACAAUUGUUUACUCUAGAAGACGCCAUUGCAACUAAACCAAUAACUGAGUCCGAGUUUCGUGAACGCUACGAUAGAAGAUCAGCACUUACAUCCGGCCCACUGAAUAUGCGUUGGGAAAACAUGUCUGUAACGGAUGAUGAAGAGGAUAGAAGUAUGACAUGGUCUGAUUAUGGUAAAAGCUAUCCACACGGUAUACGAAGCGACACUGACACAACAAGCGGGUCACAGACACCGCAAAGUUACGUUUAAACAUUUCAGAGGAUGUCACGACAUCUGUCGUAAAAUCGACACUACCAGAGGAACGCAAACGUCGGAGAGUUUAAGUUAUU